AUCAGAUCCCUACAUGUACGGUUUUUGGAAAACACAAUACACUGACCAGGAUAUGGUUAGUCUGCCGGCAAGAUCAGCCAAACCCGAGGCUGUCGAAAAUAUGCCUCCAGAAGAUGUCAUCCCCCGAGGCAAUGCUCCUGCUCCCGCCAAUCUAAGACUUGGGAACCCUGGGAUGGGCCAACAUGGUGCUGUGCUUCCGAGGGUCUCUGAAUGA